AUGGCAACCAUUCCAGUUAUUGUCAAGCACCAAGGCAAGAAAUACAGUGUCGACCUCGACCCUACCUCUACUGGCGAAGUUCUCAAAUUUCAGCUUUAUUCCUUGACAGGCGUUGAGCCAGAGCGGCAAAAGAUUUUAGUGAAAGGUGGCCAACUCAAGGAUGACACGGAGCUCUCGAAGAUCGGCGCGAAGCCAGGCCAGACAUUCAUAAUGAUGGGGACACCGGGAGAUGGUGGAGGCCAGCUAAGCAGGCCCACGGAUGCGAUCAAGUUCGUCGAGGAUAUGACCGAAGCAGAAGCCGCACAGCAAGUUGGUGCCACUCCUGCUGGGCUGCAAAACCUGGGCAAUACGUGUUAUCUAAACUCAACUCUUCAAACCCUGCGAUCGGUUCCCGAGCUUCAGGAACAGCUCCAAACGUAUACUCCAGCUCCUGCUGCUCCGGGUACGCAGGGCUCCACUCUCGGGGAUCUUAGCAUGUUUGGUCUCGGCGGUCUUGGAUCUUCCAUGGACCUCACAGCCUCGUUACGAGACCUCUAUAAGCAAAUGUCAGAGACCCAAGAAGGCUUCCCGCCACUGGUAUUUCUCAACGCCCUUCGUGCCGCCUUUCCCCAAUUCGCAGAAAAAGCCAAAUCUGGGCAUGGUUACGCACAGCAAGAUGCGGAGGAGGCGUGGUCGCAGAUCGUUGCACAAUUACGCCAGAAGUUGAAGAUAAAGGACACAUCUGCUAGCAACGGAAGCGAAUCCACGGAGAUUUCUUUUGUUGACAAAUAUCUUGCUGGAGCGUUCCAAUCAGUCACAGAGUGCGAUGAGCAGGCUGCAAAGGACGCCGGGGAAGAGCCUGUAAAAGGUGAGGACGUUUUCCUGAAACUGGACUGCCAUAUCAGUGGGACUACGAAUCAUUUGAGAGACGGUAUUCUGGCUGGCUUGGAGGAGAAAAUCGAAAAGACCUCACCAGUUCUCGGUCGAGAUGCUGUCUAUACCAAGAAAUCCCGAAUCUCACGGCUCCCGAAAUACCUGACUAUUCACUUUGUUCGAUUUUUCUGGAAGAGGGAGGCUCAGAAGAAAGCCAAGAUUAUGCGCAAAGUCACAUUUCCACACGAACUGGACGUGGCUGAGUUCUGCACCGACGAGCUCAAGAAUAUGUUGGUCCCCGUCCGAGAUAAGGUCCGUGAAGUACGGAAGGACGAGGAAGAUGUUGAGCGGACCCGAAAACGUCAAAAGCGCAUCCAUGACAAGCAGGUUGCUGAUGAGAAAGCUGGAAUUGUCGAUUCGGUCUCCGAGUCCAAGGCCGAUGAGAAGAAGAAGGCGGACGAAAAGAAAAAAGAUGGCAAAUCUGCGGGUGAAGCUGAUGCGAUGGAAGAUGUUGUCUACAAGACUGAUGCCGAGAUCGAAGCCGAACGAACUGCCGCCAUCCUCGAGGCCAAGAAGGAGCUGCAUGCUUUGAUCAACCCUGAGCUCUUGAAGGACGACGGAGCCAACAAAUCUGGCCUCUACGAACUUCGUGGUAUUGUCACGCAUCAAGGUGCUAGCGCGGACAGUGGACACUACACGUCCUAUGUCAAGAAACAAGGUCCUCUUGACCCAAAGACUGGUAAGAGAGGCGAGGAGGAUGGAAAGUGGUGGUGGUUCAAUGAUGACAAAGUCUCGGAAGUGGAUGCGGAGAAAAUCGACACGUUGUCCGGAGGAGGGGAAUCGCAUUCUGCACUGAUCCUCCUAUAUCGUGCUAUCUCUCUACCUACGGCUGAGGGCCUCAGUGAAUAG